GUCUUCUGUCAUCAGGUGAUUGGGAGUAAAGGAACCCUGGAAAGGGAUAUUUGAGGGAUAUACGCAAAUAACUCCUAAAUUAAAAUGUCUCAGAAGGACAGAUUACCAAUUUUCCCUUCUCGGGGUGCUCAGAUGUUGAUGAAGCUCCGUCUUGCUGGAGCCCAGAAAGGCCAUGGUCUGCUCAAGAAGAAGGCAGAUGCUCUGCAAGUCAGAUUUCGUAUGAUUCUGAGCAAAAUUAUUGAGACAAAAACCCUGAUGGGUGAGGUGAUGAAGGAAGCAGCAUUCUCCCUAGCAGAAGCUAAGUUCACAACUGGAGAGUUUAAUCAAGUUGUGCUGCAAAAUGUAACUAAAGCCCAGAUCAAGAUUCGCACCAAAAAAGACAAUGUUGCUGGUGUAUCGCUCCCAAUCUUCGAAUCAUACCAAGAUGGUUCGGAUACUUACGAGUUAGCUGGUCUGGCUCGGGGUGGUCAGCAACUGGCCAAGCUAAAGAAGAACUUCCAGAGUGCAGUCAAGCUGUUGGUGGAACUGGCUUCUUUGCAGACCUCUUUCAUCACCCUGGAUGAGGUCAUCAAGAUCACAAAUAGACGUGUUAACGCUAUUGAGCACGUAAUCAUCCCCCGAUUGGAGUGCACCUUGAGUUAUAUCAUUUCGGAACUGGACGAAUUGGAGCGCGAGGAGUUCUACCGGCUCAAGAAGAUUCAGGACAAGAAGAAAAUCAUCAAGGACAAGGCAGAAAAGUUAAAGGCGGCAAAGCUCGCCGCAGCAGGAUUGGACGUACGUGACUCUGUUGCUAACCUUUUGGACGAAGGUGACGCCGACCUUCUAUUCUAAGACCGUUCGUAGCUUGAUUUGGCAAGUUGUUAGUAGCGUGCAGUCAAGGAACUUGGCCUGGUGACGCGUAGGAAACUAAAUAUAUUACAUUUAAAUUGACUUCAAUAGUUAUAUGGGAAUAAAUUCAGAAUCGCUAGGGUUCACAAGUUAUUCAUUACUCCCAAAAACAUGAAGUCGUUAUAUAUUAAAUAAAAAUAAUGACAAUAUGAACACGCAGGUUUAUAAUUGCAAUGGUUGCACAGAAAUGACACCAAAAGAGAAUAAGUAUGAAAUUUAAUAAAUAACAUUGUCGUGUUAAUGUGUUCAAGCCCAUCCUGCUGUGUUCAAAAUGCAUUUCCAAUAUUAUUAUCCUAAUAGAACUUGGCUGCACAUUUUAUGAUAUUAUGUACUAUAUUGUUCAGACGGCUAAUCUUGUAACUUGAGGCGUUCAAGUACUGAUCAGAGCCAGCAUUGCCAUUUAAUUUGCAUCUAUCAUAAAUACAAGUUUUUUAUUAUAACUUUGUUGCGACAUUAGCAGAAAUGUGUCAAAUGAAAGUAAGCCUAGGAAUUUAUUUUUUAUUUAAAAUAAAAGUCUCGGAAAUUCUGGAAUUUUCACCGACCUUAGCCAUAAUUUUUAGAAUAUUUUAUUAAAACUACAUGGACACUGGCAGAAUUAUCCUCACUGGGACAGAAGCCAAAAGCUACAAAAAAAAGUAAACCUAGUGUCAUACUGGUAUUCAGCCGCAUAAUUUUCACAUUUCCCAAUUUUUUCAACAAGAGCUGUUAUGCUACCGUCGAAAUCAAAUUCUCGAUAAUAUUCGUCUAUGGUUGUGAGAAAUUGGAAACAGCCCAAAUUACGCGACUGUAUCUCGGUAGCUGUACUUAUGAAUGAAAUGGCAAUACUGGUUCUUUUUCACUAUCGACCAGCCGGUGCUUUGUAAAUAAUAUUGUUCACAGUGUAUCAACUUAACAUAAUAUUAUAUAACGUAUGUUAAGUUUAAAUGAAUAGAAAUCGGGCUAUUGGACGUUAGUAAGCGUUGUCGUAUUGUAUAAGAGCAUUCCGACACAUUGUUUGUGUAGUUUUCAGUAAGGAUAGCUUUUUAAAAUGCUACAACAGCAUAAAAAUCAGUAUAAGUACAUCCGUUAAAGUAUUUAUGUUAUUUUGAAAUUGUUGUUUAAUAUGUAUUUUUAAGUACCUACUUAAGCAAUCAUGUAAAUACAAGUUUGUGAAAUGAAAUAAAAUAUUAUUAUU